GGGCUGGCUGAGUCACGGCCCGGCCAGAGCCAGGGAAGACGAACCCUGCCGCCCCGCCACCGCUGCCUCCAGGGCCCUGGGGCCUUUGCAUCUGUCUUUUCCAGCCUGGCACAAAGCCUUUGGCUGUUGCCCUAGCGACUGGCGGCCUAGCGAAGACUCCUUCGCUUUUUAUCCCCCUCAUUUUCCAGUUCAUUCUGUGCUUAUUUUAUGGUCAGUCUGGUGACCCUGUAGGUUGCGCUGGAGGGGCCGUGUGUGUGGCAAUAGACUGCAGUGGUCUGGGCGUCGGGCGGCCGGCUGCCGCCGAGGCUGGGGCGGCCUCCGCGGUCUCCAUGGUAACGGCCCCGCCGGCGUCUCCGCCUCUGGGGGAAGAUGCGGCCUGCAGGGCCCGCAGCCUCGCUCAGGACCGGACGGGGGCCACUGAAGACGGAGGCCCAGGCCGCUGGCCUGCGGGGCAGCGGGCACCAGUGAAAUCCCAUUCUCUGGCUGGAGACACAGAUGGCCUCAAAUGAGAGAGAUGCUAUAUCGUGGUACCAAAAGAAGAUUGGAGCAUAUGAUCAGCAGAUAUGGGAAAAAUCAAUCGAACAGACUCAGAUUAAGGGCUUCAAAAACAAACCAAAAAAGAUGGGUCACAUAAAGCCAGACUUGAUUGAUGUCGACUUAAUCAGAGGCUCAACAUUUGCCAAAGCCAAGCCUGAAAUUCCGUGGACAUCUCUAACUCGGAAGGGGCUUGUUCGAGUUGUAUUUUUUCCAUUAUUCAGCAAUUGGUGGAUUCAGGUUACCUCUUUAAGAAUCUUUGUUUGGCUACUACUGCUUUACCUCAUGCAAGGUACCCAGUAUAAUCACUUUGCCAUCAUAUCCCCAUUGCCUACCAGAAAUACUUUUGGAAAAAAAUUACGAAAAACUAUAAAUGGUGACGGGAACCGAGAAAAUGGAAAUAACUCCUCUGAUAAAGUCAGAGGAAUAGAGACUUUGGAAUCUGCACCCAUUAUUGGUGGUUUUUGGGAGACACUCUUUGGCAACAGGAUUAAAAGAGUAAAACUAAUAUCUAACAAAGGGACUGAAACUGACAAUGAUGCAAGUUGUCUCCAUCCUAUCAUUAAGAAGAAACAAUGUCGGCCAGAGAUGAGAAUGUGGCAAACAAGAGAGAAAGCAAAAUUUUCAGAUGGAGAAAAGUGCCGUAGGGAGGCUUUUAGGCAUUUGGGUAAUGGGAUUUCAGAUGAUCUGUCAAGCGAGGAAGAUGGGGAAGCACGGACACAGAUGAUAUUACUGCGUAGGAGUGUGGAAGGGGCCUCAAGUGACAAUGGUUGUGAAGUUAAGAAUAGAAAAUCAAUACUUUCAAGGCACCUAAACUCUCAGGUAAAGAAAACCACUACAAAGUGGUGUCAUAUUGUACGGGAUUCAGAUAGUCUGGCCGAAUCAGAAUUUGAAUCAGCAGUCUUCAGCCAGGGCUCUAGAUCUGGUGUGAGUGGUGGCUCUCGAAGCAUCAACAUGUCAAGAAGAGACUCAGAAAGCACCCGCCAUGACUCAGAGACUGAGGAUAUGUUAUGGGAUGACCUGCUGCAUGGCCCAGAGUGCCGGUCAUCUGUCACCAGUGACAGUGAGGGGGCCCCUGUGAAUACCCUUCACUCAGGGACCAAACGCGACCCCAAAGAGGAUGUUUUUCAACAGAACCAUUUAUUCUGGCUUCAGAACUCAAGUCCUGCCUCUGAUCGAGUCAGUGCAAUAAUCUGGGAAGGUAAUGAGUGCAAAAAGAUGGAUAUGUCUGUGUUGGAAAUAAGUGGCAUCAUCAUGAGCAGGGUUAAUGCGUAUCAGCAAGGAGUAGGUUAUCAGAUGCUGGGAAAUGUUGUCACCGUGGGAUUAGCAUUUUUUCCUUUUUUACAUCGCCUUUUCUGUGAGAAGAGCCUUGACCAACUAAAGUCCAUUUCAGCUGAGGAGAUCUUGACUCUCUUUUGUGGGGCACCACCUGUUACACCUAUUAUAAUUUUGUCUAUAAUUAAUUUUUUUGAAAGAUUGUGUCUUACUUGGAUGUUUUUUUUCAUGAUGUGUGUGGCAGAGAGAACAUAUAAACAGAGAUUUUUAUUUGCAAAACUCUUCAGCCAUAUUACUUCAGCCAGGAAAGCUAGGAAAUAUGAAAUACCUCAUUUCAGACUUAAAAAGGUGGAGAAUAUUAAAAUAUGGUUAUCACUUCGUUCCUAUCUAAAGAGACGGGGUCCACAGCGUUCCGUUGAUGUGGUUGUGUCUUCGGUCUUCUUACUGACACUUUCGAUUGCUUUUAUUUGUUGUGCCCAGAUUAAUUUAUAUCUUAAGAUGGAAAAAAAGCCAAAUAAGAAAGAACAGCUUACUCUAGUAAACAACGUAUUAAAGCUGUCCACCAAGUUGUUGAAAGAGCUGGACACACCAUUUAGACUCUAUGGACUGACAAUGAAUCCCUUAAUCUACAAUAUCACAAGAGUAGUUAUCCUUUCUGCUGUCUCAGGUGUUAUAAGUGAUCUUCUAGGAUUUAAUAUAAGACUGUGGAAAAUUAAAUCAUAAGCUGAGUUAAAAGCCUGAACUCUCCCCCGGCUGGCAUCAAUACUUACCCAUUAAGGAAGGAGAUGACAGCGGAAACCAGUGCGAUACCCACCUGCUUGUUCACGUGCACAGGUGUUCUCAGCUCUGCCAAAUCUAAAGAAUGUUGUUUCCAGAGGAACAAGUCCUUUUUCCAACUGGGUGUGCAUGCUAAAAAUCUGUAUUCUCAUGGUUUUCAAACAAUAUGAAUAGUCAGACUAAAGACUGUGUUACAGUAACACAAGGACAAUUUUCUAAGUUAGGAAAUUUAUUCUGGGUACUUCAGUACUGUGACAGUUAUAUUUACUGGAAAUAGUCUUUUGGGUAACUUUGGUAGAUGCCCAACGCAUAAAGCAAAUAUCUUUUAUUGGGAAUAUGCAAAUUCAGUACUUUUCUAUUACAGUCUAUGGAAUUGGACAUUUCAUUUCUCUAUCAAAGAGAGACCAAACAAACUAUUUUAGGUUGAAUGCAAAUAAAAGAACUUUACU